AUGGCGCUAGGGCUGAGUGACUAUGAGAGGGCGUCUACAGCUAUUGACUGCAAGGAUGGUGGAUACCCUGGACGAAGUACAACGCUGACCUGUAAAAUAUCUGGCACUGUAAAUAGUGGAAUCGUCUGGUUUCGACAUAAUGGCGGAUCACCACAGUUAGUAAUACUGUGUAACACAGUCAACACUAGAUGUCGUCCAUAUGCAGGUAUAGCUGGAUAUAGCACUGUCAUUGACUCACCCACACAGAUUACUCUAACGAUAGAAUCAUUCAACUCUGCAGUAGAUGCUGGGAUGUGGUCAUGUAGAGAUGGAGCAUCAGGAGUUCCUUCUACUUGCUAUAAGACAACCUUAAGUGGUCCAGACUCUAUUACAUUCAGUCCAUCAUCACCUGGGUCUGUAGCAGAAGGAGAGAGUCUGACUGUGAUGUGUGCUGCUAGCUGUAAUCCAGCAUGUUCCUAUUCCUGGACUCUUGGAAAUCAGCUGAUCUCAUCAACUUCUCAGUUAACACUGACAAACAUCAGCAGGAGUCAGACAGAGAAUGUGUGCACGUGUAAUGUGACCAACUCUCUGAUACCGAAAUAUAAAACUAAACAGUUUACAUUGACAGUAUACUAUGGUCCAGACAGUUUCCAGCUAAACUCGAGCUCUACGUUGACAACCCAGGAUGGUGACGACGUAGCUGUGUCGUGCGAAGCAACUAACUGUUCGUCAUCCUGUUCUUUUACCUGGAAGCUUAAAUCUCAAAUAACAACAAACAGUUCUGUGUUGUCCUUAAAUAACAUACAGAAGUCAUUAUCUGGUGACUACACAUGUACUGCGAAAAACAGAAAUACACAGAGAUCAUCAGACAAUACCAUUACUCUGGAUGUGCAGUACCAAUCUUCCAUCACUUCUCUGACCUUGAACUCGCUGUCUACGAAUAUUACGGUUGAUGAGCUGACUCCUAUGACUCUGAGAUGUGAUGUUGACAGUAAUCCAGGAUCUGAUAUCAAACUGUUGAACAACUCACAGACUCUGCGUGGAGUGACAAACUCUAAACAGGCUGAGUACAUAUGGAACGAGGCUGGAUGUCUGGAUACAGGACACUACACGUGUGAAGCUGGUAACAACAUCAAGUCAUCUGUCAGUGAAAGUGUGCAGCUUGUUGUCAGAUGUUCACCACGAUUAGAUCAUAGAGUUCAAUUCAAGGACAGAUUUGUAACAGCUGUGGGUGGCGAUGUAAGACUCACAGUAUCUGUGAUUGCAAAUCCUACACCCACAUUUACCUGGUACAAACGGAGUGAUGGCAAGAAUAUGAUUCUUACAUCUGGAUGUUCAACCACAACUGAUGUAUCUGCUGUUGGCAAUCUCACACUAAGGAAUGUUCAACAGGGAGAUUUUGGAAUCUAUCAGGUUGUUGUGUCUAAUGGAUCUCCAAAACCAGAUUUGGUGGUGAACAUUACUCUUGCUGAAGGUCCUCCAAGUAUUCCCUCCAACGUCAUUGUAUGGAGUGACGUUCCAUCUUCAUUCUCUGUGGCUUGGAUAGAGGAAUUCAAUGGAGGAUUACCUCAGACAUUCCUAGUAGAGUAUCGAGCUGAUGGAACGCUAGACUGGACAAACAUCACCAAAAUAUUCAAAGAAGCAGGUUUGAAGAAAAACCAUGGAGCGUCAAUAUCAAAUCUGCAGCCGAAGACGAGAUAUCUUGUCCGGGUUUUGUCUUACAACAAACAGGGACACAAAGGAUUCACACAGGAGCAGGAGGUUUUAACUGGAGAUUCUGCACCUACUACCGAGAAAGACAAUUUGUUUGGAGCUGGCAUUGGUGUUGGGAUAGGAAUAAUUGUGGGAAUAUUUCUUCUUGUUGGUGGACUAAUACUCACUUGCUGGUGGAUGAGAAAAGCUAAAGCCAAACCAGAGCAGCCUUAUGAUAAAAGACAACCUAUAUCUGGAAUACAAGAGACUGCUCUCUAUGAAGACAUGGAACAAACUACAGGUGACAGAUCGAGUACUCAGGCCAAUGUAUCCAGUAAUUAUUCCUCACUGGAAGCCAGGAGAGACGCACCAUACGAUGUGCUCAGAGUUUAUGAGAAUACAUCGGAGGUCAAAGAAUGACCGCCAUAUAUUUGAAGUACUGAAACCAUUCUUCAACUGAGGCUUCUGUCUGUAUCCUAUUACAACAUAUUUUACUUCAUCAUCGUGGACAAAAUCAACAAAAUCAUCACCAUCACCAUCAUCAUUAUUUAACACAGACAUGCAUGCUUGUGUAGAAUCUCACAUUAUACAGACUUUGUAUAAUGUACUUUAUUUCAUCGUCUUUCUCCUUUUUCUCAUCAUCGUGAUCAUCAUUAUCAUAAUAAUCAUAAUCAACGUCGUCAUCAUCAUUUAGCACUGACAUGUCGAACUUCACAUCCUGUAGAUUUGGUAUAGCGUGCUUUAAUUCUCAUAUAGCAGCAACAACAGACUUGUUAUAUCACAAGUGAAGUAUUAUUCAAGGAAAACUCGACGAAUUGCAUACUGACGAGAUGUAAACUGACGUGAUGCAAACCUCCUUGACUGCUUUGCAUGACAUUUGAUAGUCAGUUAUGUUAACCUAGCGUUAAUGUGUUACAUCCACUUAUACGAAUUACUCGGGCAAACAUACGAGUUACAAUGAGUUAGGUACGUCUGUUGUCCCAUGAAGUGAAAUCCUUCUCAGGGCUUUCUUUUGGAUUUUGUUUUUGUUGUCAGAAUCAUGUUUCUCAUCGUGGUUGAAAUCAUUCUCAGGGCUUUUUGUUGGAGGGUUUGUUUGUUUGUUUGUUUUUUGUGGGGUUUUUGUGUGCUUUGUUAUUUUUGAGGAGGAGGGGGUUGUUUCUUUGUUUGUCAUCAUCAUUUAAUACAGACAUGCAUUCUUGUGUAGAAGCUCACAAUAUAGAAACUCUGUAUAACGUACAUUACUUCAUCAUCCUUCUCCUUUUCCUCAUCGUCGUGAUCAUUAUCAUCAUAAUAAUCAUAAUCAACGUCUUCAUUAUCAUCCUAAUACUGAUAAUCAACGUUGUCAUUAUCGUCGUCAUCAUCAUCAGCAGCAGCAGCGGCAGCAGCAUAGCCAUGGUCAUCAUCAUCGUUUAGCAUUGAUAUGCAUUGCUAAACAUGACACCCUGUUUAGAUUUGAAGAAAACCUAAUGAAUUGUAUACUGACAGGAUAUUGAACCGUAUGCACAUAUUUUCAUAACAUUUGAUAGACUGUGAUAUUAACAUUGUGUGUUAAUGUUUUAUACACCUGUUUCUACCAAUUACUGAGGAAAACAUGAGUUACAAUGGUAGUUGACUUCACUGAUGCAUUCAUUUUAUUGUUAUGCUUUAUCCUGUUAAUAUACGAACAUUCGUAGCUAGUUGGCUGUAAGCAUUGUGAUAUGGAACAAAAACUGAUGUAUUCACCUGUUAUAUUCUGUGUAAUAAAAUGAUGUACAUCUUUCA